UUGCGCUACACGUUCCAGGUCAGUUUACUCAUUCAGAGUGUUAAUACAACGUGAAACUAAAAUCCGUGCAACGAAUCGAGAUAUCAGUUACAAACGAAAUAUUCACGUGCUCGGGCACACAAGACACGCCUCAAUACUAACCAUCGUUUAUCGCAUGAGAGCUUGUUCGUAUCAAGGACGAUCUGUCAAUUCCCAAAAUCCGUAGCCAGUUCGUACGAGAAGUGCGAGGAUAUCGGCUCUUAUACGAGAAGAAGUAAAUCCUAAGACGAAAGGGAAUUGCUCGAGCGAUCGCGUCUUUUUUUCUCAGCAUAGUCGACAGGGGAACAAUAAGAAACAUGAAGGGACGAAGAGAAUGGCGGACUGUAACAACUUUCCUCGUUCUGUUAGUAACAAAAGAAGCAAGCGUAGUGAAUGGCAAGAAUAUCACGUCCGGAGAUGAGAAAUUCUCAGAAAAUACAGGAAACAAGGAGAAACUGUCGGAUUUGGAAGGAUCGGAAACAACCUACACCUUUAGUUACACGAACGGUUUUGAAAAUGCGUAUGAUUCAUUUCCUUAUUCUUCCCAUAUAUAUUCCUCUAGUUUCCCACAGAGUAGCGUAUCGUUCGACAUUGGGCGAAACACGACGUUUGAUAUUCAUCGAGAGAUCAGGUGCGGAGAUGCUUUCCCGCGCGUUUGUGAAAAAGCGAGAUAUCGAACGUACGAUGGCUCUUGCAACAAUCUAAGGAAUCCCACGUGGGGUAUGGCAAACACGAGAUACGGCCGGCUAUUGCCACCAAAUUACGGAGAUGGAAUACGAUCGCCCACGAAAUCAGUAACUGGAGCAGAAUUACCACUUUCUCGAUUGGUUAGCUAUACGUUAUUUCCCAAAGUCGAUAUCGAUGAUCACGUAUGGACGCUGGUAGCGAUGCAAUGGGGACAAAUUAUUACUCACGACAUGGCUAUGAUCGACGGAACUACUCAAUCAAAACCACACACCACGCAAUGCUGUACCGAGGAUGGCCAAUUGGUAGACCCGUUGUUGCUUCACGGUCAAUGCUAUCCCAUAAUUAUACCUUACGACGAUCCCACCUACAGCAAGGCCAAUAUAAGAUGUCUCAACUUCGUUCGUAGUACAACCGACCUUGACCGCAGUUGUGCAUCUCGAUACAAACCAGCAGAACAGUUAACCGUCGUAACGCAUUUCUUGGACCUCUCUCUGGUUUAUGGAUCCAGUGAUCAGCUGGCGACUAGUCUGCGAGCCGGUGUCGGCGGCCGCAUGAACGUCGAGAUACGACGCAACAGAGAAUGGCCACCUAUGGCAACCAACAAGAGCCAGCUUUGUGAAACUACCGAUCCUAACGAAAUUUGCUAUCAGGCUGGAGACACGCGAGUUAAUCAGAAUCCCCAGCUGACUAUUUUGCAAAUAAUACUGCUUAGGGAGCAUAAUCGCGUCGCUGAUGCUUUAGCUCGUUUAAAUCCACAUUGGACGGAUGAGACGAUAUUCCAAGAGGCGCGGCGUAUUGUAAUUGCAGAACAUCAACACAUUUCCUAUUACGAAUGGUUGCCAAUAUUUUUAGGCAUUCAGGCCACGUAUGGUAAUAAGAUUUUAUACAAUACCAAGGGCUAUGUAAACGACUAUGAUAAAAAUGUAAAUCCAAGUGUUCUGAACGAACAUUCGAACGCAGCUUUUAGAUAUUUCCAUUCCCUUAUCGCCGGCUACCUCAACUUGGUGAACGAACAGCGAUUUUCAAACGAUGCCUUGAGGCUGAGCGAUCACUUCAACAGACCAGGAAUUAUCGAGGAAUGCGACAAUAUGGACGAUUUGACAAGAGGCAUGUCUUAUCAGCCAGAAAAAGCCAGCGAUCAAUUCUUUGACGCGGAGAUCACGGAAUUCUUAUUCAGAAACGACAGACCACUGGGAUCUGACCUUCGCGCAACAGAUAUUCAGAGGGAUCGCGAUCACGGCCUCGCGUCAUACAACAGCUACCGCGAAUACUGCGGUCUACCCAGAGCGAAAUACUUUACUGACUUCACAGAUUAUAUUUCUCCCUCGAACGUGGCAAAGUUGUCUGAAUUGUAUCCCAGUCCUGAUGACGUCGAACUGACUGUCGGAGGAUCAUUGGAAGAACAUGUGCCGGGUACACUUUCCGGUCCUACGUUCUUGUGUAUCCUUACCAGACAAUUCUAUAAAACACGAGUGGGUGAUCGUUAUUGGUACGAAAGAGGUGACCACCAAUCAGCGUUCACUAUAGAGCAAUUGAACGAGAUUCGAAAGGCCAGUAUAUCAAGAUUAUUCUGCGAUAACGGCGAUCACAUCACAAGCAUGCAACUAAGAGGCUUCCAGCAAGUAUCUGCAUCUAAUCCUAUCACGAUUUGCGACAACAUUCCGUCGGUAGAUCUUUCGCUGUGGAAGGAUUACGCCCCGGAACUGGCAAAUCAAAAAUACACCAUACCCCCAUUUUAAAAAAUAGGAAUGAUUAACAGUUUCCACGGAAUAAUUUUCGUAUUACCAAAUAUCAAUCCGUUGAACACUAUUUAAACGAUACACAUACGCCUGAAGUAUUAUCGAUAGUUAAUGUAAAUUUGUAAAAGUUUAUGUAAUCAUACAAGUUGUGCCUUACGUCCUAUUAAUAAAAUGCAUUACUUUUUUUAAUUUAGUUCGAGCUUCGAUAUUUUCAAAAAAUCGGAAAAUUAAAGAAAUCAACGGUUCAUAAGGGAAAAGAUAUAUUUUAAAUGUAUAGCGUGGAACACGGUGCCUACAAUUUUUUAUUACAUUAUUUAGCGUUGAUAAUGCGUUUACUCGUAGAUACAGAACGUUACUGUCUGCUAUACCAAACUGAACACUUACAUAUUUUUUUAAGUGAAAAAAAUUCGUGCUUUUCCUAUAUGUAACUUUUCAGCUAAAUUUAAUCCGAUAUAACAGAUGAUAAAAUUGCAAUGGGGGGAAAAAUAUGCGUGAUCUUACGUGUUUGAAAUCGCAGGCAGAUCGACAUUUUCCAAUAAUGUUUGCAAGUAAUGAAUUGACAUGUCGUGUAAUAUCGGUGGUUCCCAUUCGUAAUCGCUGAAACAAUUUACGAUAUGAUACAAAUAUCGGUAUCGGCGAUAGAUAAGAGAUUAAACUUAAGAUGAAGAUAGCUUCCAAAAAAAAAAAAAAAAAAACUUGACAUAGUUCGUUAUUUCAAAUAUUUUUUCAGUUCAGAAAAAAGGUACUAAUUGUUUGUUGAUUCCGUGAAAAAUUUGUAUACAUAAAAUUUUGUAACAUAUAAUGUUACGUUUUUCAUAAUUGUCUUAUUAUUAGUGUAUUUAUAAUAAAACGAAUGUGGAUAUAAUAUGUACAUCGUAAAUUAUGUAUAUCGAGUAGAUUUUUAUUAUAAUGUCAUAGACUGUUAGAAAAGAAACAAUUUAGAAAAUUGAAUGAUGCUUAUAUUUGACUCGUAAAAUCAUCGUAAUGAAAGAAGAGAAACAUUUUGUCGUGAUUUAUUGAAGUUACAAUGCUUUAAUUUGCCACAUGAUAUUACUGUAUGCUUUA